UGAAUAAAAUGAAAAUAAAAUUACAUUGUGUAUUAUUAAUUGUUAAUUUUUAUUUAAAAAAAUCUGGUUUAUAUGGUUCAUUCCUUCCGGAGUUUGUUGGUUUGCACCAAAAUGGAGCAUGAGUUGCACGAAAGAUGGGAGGGGAAGGUAUCAGAGAAGAUGAGAAACGCCACUAAAGAACAAGCAUGGCCCCUUGUGAAGGACUUUUUCAAUCUCCACAACCGCUUCCCUACCCUCGCCACGUGUUACAGCAUUCACGGAUCUAACGGUGAGCCUGGCUGCAUACGAUACUGCGCCGGCUCCUCCAUUCCAUCCAAUGCCUCGGGGAGCAUGAGCUGGUCAAAGGAAAGGCUGGUAGCCGUUGAUGAUGUUGACUUCAGCCUCAAGUACGAGAUGAUUGACGGCAACAUUGCGUUUAGGUCAUACGAGUCAACCACGAAGGUCCUCAGCGAUGAUGACUCUGAUGGAUGCAUGUUGGAAUGGUCCUUCGCCGUUGACCCCGUUGAAGGCUUGCUUCUUCAAGAUCUCGUCACCAAAUACCAUGUGGGCCUCCAGCUUAUGGCCCACAAAAUGGAGGACGAAAUUCAAGGUUUAGUCACCGGAAUUAUGUAG